AUGACCGGUGGUCCUGUCACUUGGACGCGGUACACACUCCGCACUGUGGUAUCGGUGCCGCUGUACAUUCAAGUACUGAUCACGAGUUUAGAGCUCGUUGUCUUUUUGGGAGCCGCCACAGGCGUGCUCGCGCAGACGCUCGCCCAGCUACCGUACUGGCUCAGUGCGAGCACCGCUGGACUCUCUAUCGGACUAGACCUUGCAGCAAGACUCUACGAUCGUGUUUGGUACCUUAUUACAGAGGCCAGGCGGCAGGGUCGGCAGUCCAUGCAACUGAGCCACAACAUGCUCUCGUACGUGCACCUCUUCUGGCGCGCACUUGCGACCGUUCGCGCCUGGCAGCGCAGGUUCUGGCUGCCAAGUUACUGGAGCGCCAAGCGUUCCCGAAACGAAGCACUCAUGGCGAGUGCAUGGCGGCGGUACUGGCAGCCACGGGAGGCCGGCGCAACUGGAGGCGGCGGCGGCGGCUCGCUUGUGCGCUUGCCGCGGUACACGCGGGUCCCGCUCGGCAGUGGCAACCAGGCCAGCGUGCUCUAUCUCGAGCUAAACUCGCCGGUCGCUCUGUCCAAAGCGCGGCAUUCCAAGGUAUCUCGCUGA